GACGGGCUACACAUGGGCUCCGAAAACUUUCCCUGAUUGUGGCGGAAAAAGGCAGUUGUCGAGUCUAGAACUACCACCCCUAACACAGGAAGGUCGACGGACUACGAAGACAUCGGGAUUAUCCCAGGUGGGCGAUUUUUUGAGCCACAAAGGCAGUUUUAAUACACUGCCACGCCGGCGGCCUGGCUAACCCUAACUAGCUGGGUCUACGACGCCACUGUUCCCACCACUUCGGCGGGAACGCCGCCUGACUCGGGUGCGGGUGGGCCCCCGCUUCGCCACGAGACGCGAGGAUGGACGUCGUAGAAGUGGAAGGGGAGCCAAUUUCCCCGGAAGAAUAUGACGACCAGGGCUGGAUUGCGGCUCACGAACGCCGCAGUAACGCCAAGAGACGCCCAGACCUCGAUGAACGAUCGAAGAACAUCGGAGACUCGACGGUUUCAACGGCGUGGAAAACCAAGAACGCACGAAUUCUACAGCGACCAAUGGCCCCGAGGCAACCGCAGCUACCGGAGGAAGACUACAAAGUCGUGAUCCGCCCGAGAGGUGGGCUCGACAUGGCGCAGCAACGCAUUGCGUACAUAAAGGAUGGCGUUCUGCUGGCAGCCGCAUUGACACGAGAAAAUGCCGGAGAAGAUACGCUACGCAUCAAUCCAAGACAAAACACCAUGAUCAUGAGCACACCGAAACUGGAGAAUGCGAAACGCUACAGCCAGAUACGGGAAAUCCAACUUGGAUCGAACACCUACAGUACGGCCGCUUACAUUACUGCGCCGGAGAACACCUCCAAGGGAGUCAUACACGGUGUACCAGAAUACGACACGUCUGAAGACGUUGAAAAAAGCCUGGUGAACUGCAGAAACCCGACUAUACUACACGCAAGACGCAUGGGACGCACCGAUUCGGUUGUGAUAGUGUUUGAAGGUACGUACACGUGGACGACCGUGUACGUACCACACUACGUGUACUACCGCGGAGCUGAAUACCGAUGCCUACUAUAUCGCAAGCAGUACGAGACAUGUACCACAUGUGGCCGCCUCGGCCACCGAGCGGAUGUUUGCCCGACACCGAACAGCAAGAAAUGUCGCGGGUGCGGAACUCUCAAUCCACCCGAAGAUCAUCAGUGCGAGCCAAGAUGCUUCAUGUGUGGGAAGGGACACCUCACAGGAGACAAAAAGUGCCGUGAACGGUUCAAGACCCCAUAUCUUCUCAGAAAGAGGCAGUGGAAACAACAACAACAACACCAACAACAACGGAAUGAACAUCCACCGCAGAAAGCUAUGGCGGACAAUCGCCCAAGUCGGUCCAGGGAGCGGUCGGGCAGCACCGAAUCGCACAAGGGAUCGACAUGGACCAACAGCCACGGCAGCAGACACCGCGACAGGAGCCGCUCUAGUUCCUUCCCAAGACUCCCCGGUGGAGGCGGUGGCGGCCAGUCCAACUCCAAGUCCCGGUCCAGGUCCCGGCCCAGGUCUGAAUCGAGAUCGAGAGGAUCCCCACUACACGGAACCCCGGAGGGCUCUGGCGGGUCCGACGGCAACAAAACGCAGGUGAGCUGGGCAGACACGGUCUCCGGCGCUGCUUCUCCGUCUAAUAUAACACCUAAUAUAGAAGGGUCCGCCCUGGAGCAGGAAAUGAUCCAAAUUAGAAAAUUGCUAGCGCAAAUUACUCGUGAAAAUGCUAAGCAGAGGGAGGAAAUUCAACAAUUAAAGCAAGAAAACGCUAGGCUUAAGCAGAAUAGGACACACGAGCCAAGUCAUACGCCUACCGCCAGUACGGCACAGACGCCUAGCCGCGAGUCAACGCCCGCUCUCGCGCAAAUGACAGGGACGCCGCCCCACAAAAGAAAAGCCGAAGACGCGUCAGACGCGCAAAGCAGCGUCUCAACGCACUUAGAAAAGCAACGCUUUCUGGAGCUUCGGAUGAGUGCAGACUCUUCCAAUAGCACCGUGCACAAGCUGGGCUGCCAUUACCACAGCUGGGCUGCACCCAUUUGA